UUCAAACCCAUGUGUAAUGGGCCAUACAUGAUGAAGUAACGGGCCCAGCAAAAAAGCCCGUAGCCCAUAUAGAUGAUGAAAACGAGUCCAAGGCCAGCCCGUGAUCCUGACUAACUGCGACACACAUACAUAUAUAUAUAUAGCGACACUUGCUUGCUGUUACAUUUGUAAUAACUUGGGAUAUAAUCAAACAAAAACUCCAAUCACAAUCUUGCCACCACUUUUUAGCAUGCCUUUACCUAAAAAGAAUCUCUCUUUCCACUUGGUCCCCAUUUUUCACUAGUCCCCCACCAAAAAUAAGUUCUUCUUUCUCAUCACUAAAAUCCCAUUAAAAAGCUACAAUUUGCAUUUGUGAUACUUGUGGCUAAAAACAUGGCUGAAAAAUCUUAUAAUUAUUUGCAUAUUUUCACAUUGCUUAUGCUUCUUUCCCCAUUAGCUAACUCAUUGAAAAAUCAUGACCGGCUCAAGUUAGCAACUCCCCCGCCUCUCCCGAUUCUCCCACUCCCAUCAUUCUCGCAACUCAAAUGGCAACAAAGAGAGAUCAUAAUGUUCCUCCAUUUCGGGGUCAACACCUUCACGGAUUCCGAAUGGGGAACCGGGCUCGAAAGCCCGUCUGUUUUUUACCCGACGGGCCUCGACCCUACCCAGUGGGCCCACACUGCGGCCCGAGCCGGAAUCUCGUUGAUGAUUCUCACGGCCAAGCACCAUGAUGGCUUCUGCUUGUGGCCUUCGAAAUAUACGGAUCAUUCGGUGGUUAGAAGCCCUUGGAAUAAUGGGAAUGGAGAUGUGGUUCGAGAGUUUGUUGAUGCGGCUAAGGCACAUGGAAUCGAUGCGGGCUUGUAUCUAUCGCCGUGGGACCGACACGACACUAGAUAUGGACAUGUUGAGCUCUAUAAUGAGUACUACUUGGCUCAAUUGCAAGAACUCCUCACUAGAUAUGGAGGUGUUAGGGAGAUAUGGUUCGAUGGAGCAAAAGGUGCAAAUGCAACGAACAUGACUUAUUACUUCAAUGAUUGGUUUUCGAUGGUGAAGGAAUUACAGAGCACGAUUAAUAUAUUCUCCGAUGCGGGACCCGAUAUCCGGUGGGUCGGAAAUGAGAAAGGGUAUGCCGGGAGCACGUGUUGGUCCACUAUCAAUGCCACAUCUUUAUCAAUUGGCAAUGCUACCAUUCUUGAUUAUCUCAACACCGGUGAUCCCAAAGGGACAAAUUGGCUGCCGGCGGAAUGUGACGUGUCCAUCAGACCAGGUUGGUUUUGGCAUAAAUCACAAGCACCAAAAAAGCUGAGUGAACUGCUUGAAAUUUACUACAAAUCCGUGGGGAGAAAUUGCCUUCUACUACUAAAUGUGCCACCAAACACCACCGGUUUAAUAUCCGAAUCCGAUGUACAAAGAUUGAGCCAACUCAGACGAGCAAUCGACACCAUUUUCACCUCAAAUUCGGCUGUAAAAUGUUCGGUGGAAGCAAGUAGCCCAAGGGGGGGCGAAAAUGGAAAUUUCGGGCCUGAAAACGUGCUAGACGAAGACCAUCUAUGGACUUAUUGGGCUCCAAGUGAAAACGAGAAAAAAGACUAUUGGAUCGAAUUUAGAGCUAAAAGUAGUGGAAUAAAAUUCAAUGUGAUUAGGAUCCAAGAAGCAAUUGGGUUAGGGCAAAGGAUCAAGAAACACGAGAUUUACGUUGACGGGAUUAGGGUUGCGAAAGGGAGCACGGUAGGGUACAAGAGGCUGCACAGGCUGAAAAUGGGAGUGGUGCAUGGAAAUAGUGUGAGGAUCAAGAUUGUUAAAGCAAAGGGAAUCCCUUUGAUUUCUUCUGUAGGCUUUUAUUUUGAUCCCUUUUGGAAACCAAAGUAAAGGUUAUUUAUUGACUUGGUGGGUUUUGUGCAUGUUUUCAGCCUAUUUGUGGCUCAUGAUUUUCUUGUUUUGAGGAAGU